AUGUCUUCCUACGCUGAUCUCCAGGUCAGUCUCUCACUCGAACGCAUUGUCUCUUUAUCCUCCGCACUAACGUAUGUAACGUAUGUGCCUCCCUUUCUGCAGCGCGAGCACGCCUCGUCGACGCCGUUCUCGCCCUUGAUCUCGCCCUCGGCCGCUCCACCGUUGGCCAUCGUCCUGCUCUCGAUUGCCUUUGUUUCUUCCUUCUAUUUUUCAACGUGAGUCCCCUUUGCACUGUAACACAAUCGCACCCACGCUGACAUCACACGAGCUCUCCUCUUCGAACCUGGCCUCGAUGACACGUCGACAUCACCCCGGCAGACUGAGACCGAGCAAGAUCCCUACAACCGAAAUCGGCUCGGCCCUCGUCGCGUCCGUACUGGGUGGUUUUGGACUCGUCUUUGCCUUCUGCGCUCUCGGCGUCAACAUUUGA